AUUGUAUGAGUGCGCGUAUGUUGAGUUAGUUAAUUAAUCAUUUUUUCCGCAAACACCUAUUGUUGUUGUGUUGUGAACGUGUUUAAAAAAAGCUUUUAAUUCAAUUACAACUAAUAUGCGUGUACCAGUACAGAAAUAAUAAUAAUAAUAAUAAUAACAACAACAACAACAGCAGCAGCCAAUAUUUAAAACACCGCCACUAAGUCUGUGAUUACAAAUACAACAACAACAAGAACAGAGCAGCAGCAACACCAACAUGGGUCUUCUGCUAUCCCGCCUAUGGCGCAUGUUUGGCAACGAAGAACACAAACUUGUUAUGGUUGGUCUCGACAAUGCGGGCAAAACAACAAUACUCUAUCAGUUUCUGAUGAACGAAGUGGUGCAUACAAGUCCGACCAUUGGCUCCAAUGUCGAGGAGGUGGUCUGGCGGAAUAUUCACUUUCUGGUAUGGGACUUGGGUGGACAGCAAAGCUUACGGGCCGCCUGGAGCACAUAUUACACAAAUACCGAGUUCAUCAUAAUGGUAAUCGAUUCAACGGAUCGCGAGCGAUUGGCCGUGACACGCGAGGAAUUGUAUCGAAUGUUGCAACACGAGGAUCUCAGUAAAGCCAGUCUGUUAGUGUACGCAAAUAAGCAGGACCUGAAAGGCUCAAUGUCUGCGGCGGAAAUUUCCAGGCAAUUGGACUUGACUUCCAUUAAAAAACACCAAUGGCACAUACAAGCGUGUUGUGCGCUCACAGGCGAAGGCUUGUAUCAGGGACUCGAGUGGAUUGUGCAACGCAUCAAAAAGAAAUGACAGACAGAUAUGGACUGCGCUAGUUUAUAGUUAAUUAAUUAAUUAAUUGAAUAAUUUAGACAAAGCAAAUUUUGCAAUUAACAAUUACAACAACAACAACAACAGCAGCAGCAGCAACAGCAACAGAAACAGCGGCAGCAACAACAACAACAACAGCCGCAGCCGCAGCCGCCGCCGCCAUUCUGCCAACAGAAUGCGUGAGAGAGUGCGGGUGAGGAGAGCUGGAGAGAAAGCGCUCUCUCGCAGGGCUGCAGAGCCGCAAAGCAACCAAAACUGUCUGUUCAUCAAAUAAUAGCUUUCAGGUAAAGGCUAAACUUAAUUACAAAUUUAAUGUACGAGUAUUUUUUUCUAAACUAGUUAUGACAACAAAUUGUUCAAAUUGUAAAUGCCAUCGUGUGCAGUUUAGCUUUCUAUACAUAAUCGCGUUUCUUAAACCUAAUCAAUUCAUUAAUUAAUGUACGUUUAGUUUGCUGAUUGUUGAUUUGGGGGAAACACUUCUUUUAUUUUCACUUUUGUCUUGUCUGUUUGUUAAAUUCUUUUCUGUUGGCCUCUGCUUUUGUACAAACUAUUUAGUUCCAAUAAAUCAAAAUUGAUUGCGCCGUUCGUUCCACUGCUGAUCCGAAAAUUCGUGUGCUUCAAACCGAAUCGAGAAUCGUGUGUAUACCCCAAUUGUUUUAAAAACUAAACCUAAGAUAUACACUUAUACAUAUACAUACAUACAUACAUACAUACAUACUUAUAUAUAUAUAUAUAAAUUGACAAGUUUUUUUGCUCGCCUUCCCUUUGCUCCAUAAGAUUAGUUAAAUAUUGUACGAGAGUUGGUUGCCUUUUUGAGUGCAGCGCGUGUUAAGCUUUAUUUAAAAUUUAAUACACAAAUUGACGAAGGAACGAAGUAUAGAUUGAUCGAAGGAUGGGAGAAGGAGAAGAAGAAGAUGAAGGUUUUCAAAUUUAGUUUCUAAGUUGUUUGUUUAUGCCUUAAUUAAUGUAAAUGCUUAAUCUAUUUUUAAACUAAUUAAGCAGCGCCAAUUAACCACUUCCAUUUGAGUAAACAACAAUAAACAAACAAACAAACAAACAAACAAAUGAAAAAGUCAACAAACAAAACACAAGAAAACAAAAGAAAAGUGCAACACUUUCAAAACACAUCCAGGCGAACAUUCAACGAGAGACAACGUCGAGACAUAUAGAGUUAUAUGAUAUGUACAAUCAUAGACAACAAGCCACGAUUCACGAAUAAGCAUGCAUACACAAACAAGUACGUGUAUACAUAUAUAAAAUAUAUGUACAAGUAUGUAUAUAUUUUGUACAUCGCAAUAGAAAAUACAUACAUAUACAUAAUUGCCAAUGUAAUUAAAAAAUAGACGUUGAUAUGAAAUUUAUAAAGAAAAAAAAAAACAAAAACAAAACACAUUAACGAUAGUCCUUAACUUUGGCGGUGCAGCUAAAGUUGAUGUGCGUUCUCCAGGGCCACAUAGAUAAGUAGUAUAUGGCGGCUAUAUCAUAACAUACGCAUCAAACAAAAAAAAAAAAAAAAAAACAACAAAAAAGAACUGGAACUAGAAAGUGCCGCCCGGCCCAGAUGGACAACGCCCAAAAGUCAAAUUAAUAUGUUGUGUGUGUUUUUUUGUGUGCAUGUAAUCUGUUCUGUGUUUGCCAAACUGAAGAUGUUGAGAACGGAAGAUAUUGAGGAUAAUGAUUACGGUAAUGAUAAUGCAAAUGUAUUUGUAACAAAGUUAUACAUAUUUCGUAGGCUAAACAACUAAUGUUAAAUUGCAAGUGGCAUGAAAUAAAAAACAAGGAGAAAAUUCAACACUUUUCCAGCAA